AUGACAUCCGCUCACGGUGGUCACAUUGGAGAGGCUUCGAUGAAACGAAUAAUGCGCGAGUUUUUUUGGUGGCCAAAUAUGUCCACGGACGUAGUUCAAUUCGUCAAGAAUUGCAAGACGUGCGCCGUUUUAGCCCGCAAAAACCCACCUCUUCCCCUAUCUAACAGAGUACUACCUGAAGGCCCUUGGGAGAUAGUACAGAUUGAUUUCCUUUCCAUCCCUGUAACUGGAGCUGGUACACUAUUAGUAGUAGUGGACACAUAUUCUAGAUACCUGACGUUAGUGGAAAUGAAUCAAACCGAUGCUAAUAGUACAAACAAAGCAUUAUGCCAAGUAUUCCAGACGUGGGGUUGCCCAGUUAUCAUGCAGAGUGACAACGGGCCUCCAUUCCAAAGCUCAACGUUUGUUACUUUCUGGGAGAGCAAAGGCGUCAAAGUUCGGAAAUCAAUCCCGCUUUGCCCACAAACCAAUGGUGCUGUCGAAAGACAGAACCAGGGUAUAAUAAAAGCUGUAGCUGCUGCAAAAUUUGAAGGCGAAAACUGGAGAGAAGCCCUUCAACGAUACGUACACAACCAUAACACAAUAGUCUACCAUUCACGUCUAGGUGUAACUCCAUUCGAACUGUUAGUUGGCUGGAAGUACCGUGGAACAUUUUCCAGUCUUUGGAGUGACUCAGGUUCCAAUGAGUUGGAUCGUAUAGACAUACGAGAACGCGAUGGUGAAGCAAAACUUAUGAGCAAGGACUACGCAGAUUCAGUACGCGGAGCAAAAGAUUCAAACUUCGGUAUUGGGGAUAUCGUGCUUAUGUCUCAGCAUAAAAAGUCGAAACUAGAUCCAUCAUUUUCGUCUGAACGUUAUACAGUCGUUGCCCGUGAGGGUGCGAAGGUUGUUUUAGUCAGUGGAGGAGGAAUCCAGUUUUCCCGGAACGUCCAGGAUGUAAGGAAAGCUCCAUUGAUCGCUAACAAUUUUGAAUCGGAUACAGAUCGGUCUUAUAACUCGAUGGAAGAACUGCAUCCUACAAUUGAAAACAAUACGACUGGUCAACCGGAGAACAUCGAUAAUACAAAUAACUCUGUCACAGAGCCGGUGUCCGGAAGUAACUCGGAAGCAAGAGUUUUGCGCAAACGUAGCAACAUCAAAAAACCUACUAGAUUCGACGACAAAUUCAUUUACACCGUGUAUCGUUAA